AUGCGCUGCCUAAUCAAGGUUAUAGUCCUGCCGGGGGUGCUGCACGCCCCAGUUUCAUCACCCGACAAUCUUACUUCUUCAUCAUUGUCAUCUCGCCUAAGUCCUCAUUCCGGCAACUCUAAGCGAAGUAGUAUCUUAUCUGGUUCAUCUAUCCGUUCGACACCUAUCUUCCCUCGACGCACUAAUGCCCGAACACGUCGCAACCAACAUUUAGAGUCAGUUUCUCCAAUAUCUUCAUUCUCCGCCUCAGAUCAGGAAGUUGUAUCAGCUCUCUCUCCAUCUCAUCACCAAACGUGUUCCGGACUCACUCAUCUAUCAGAUGUGUCUCAAUCCGUUCGCGCUGCUGGAUUAAACGCUGCUCUUGAGGCCAUGGUCAUAUUAAUUCGAGUUAGUCUUUAUUAA